AAAGUUGAGGUCGACAUUGUUGAUGUUUUCACCGUUGCCAUCAACAUGGUUCUGUCAGUGUCGGCAAUGCUCGGGAACACCUUGGUCCUUGUUGCGAUUCGGAGGACAACAGCUCUAUGGCUCCCGACCAAAAUUCUCCUUAGCAGCCUCGCAUUUGCAGAUCUGGGCGUUGGCUUGUUGGCGGAACCGCUAUUUGCGAUGAAAAUUCUUCUUGAAGGUAGAUUAGUACGUUGUGUUGUUGGCGUUCUAUUCGAUGUGGUUUCGGGACACCUUUCUAUCGCUUCCUUUCUCACUAUGAUGGCGAUAAGCAUUGACAAAUGCAUGGCCGCUCAACUCAAGCUGAGAUACCGCAUCGUGGUGACAGAGAAACGCUCAAUCCGUGUUGUGGCAUUUAUCUGGGUUCUUGCUAUUCCGUGGGCGAUUUCUUUCUUUGUGAGCCUCCCGACUUAUUGCGUGUCUGUGUUGAUUGUUAUACCCGUGUGUUUUUUAUGCUCUUUUUUUGCUUUUGCAAAAAUCCGCUUCGUUCUUCAACGGCAGCGAACACGAACAGCCUACACAAAACCAUCGGUCCAGGCUGAGGGGCAAGUUCACAUCUUACGAUACAAGAACUCAGUUCGCAGCAUGUUAUAUGUGUAUUGUGCUCAAGUUAUCGCCUAUUUUCCGGCCUGGCUCGUGAUGCUGAUAAGAGUAACAACUGGAGAUUCUACAAUAGCGAUCCGAAAAGCUACACAAUUAACACUAACUUUUAUUUUCCUGAAUUCGACUGUGAAUCCUGUGGUGUAUUUGUGGAGGAUAAAGGAGCUUCGGUCAGCCGCAUGUGAAGUGCUACCGUUAAUUUUUAAGUGUUUAAGACCGAUUAGAGUUGAAAACGGAGCACCGACCCCAAGUGAAGAUACAAUGCACCAUGUAAGAACAACGACAUUUGUGGAAGUCCUUGGGCCAGCUGAAAGUGAAACAGGAAAUAGAGAGAGCCCGCAAUGAGAAGUUAAGAGUACAUAACAUGUCUUUUGCGGUAGAAAAUUACCGAGGAAAGUUUUGAAAUUUGGCCGGAAAUUUCAGCUUUCUCCAAUCUUAAAAUUACAGUAAUCUCGAUAUACAUAGAGGGUAAAUACCCUCCAGCUUCAUUACUGAUCAAGAUACACUUUAACUAAGUGUACUAAGUGCCAUGCAAAGAAUGGAAUGCUGAUAGCUUUCGGUGAAUGCGCAAGACUUGAUGAGUACUCGAUACAGCUUUCUGACAGUCUUUAAAGUUUACUUCAAGUGCACGAUCGUAAAUAAAAGCAGUAAAAAUGUAAUUUAUGGUGAGAACAUUCCAAUGAAAAACGAGUUUUAAUUGCCUAGUGCACAACAAACUGAAUAUAAUUAUGGAUCGCGACCUUCCUUAAGCAAACAAUUUUUUCCUCUAGAGUGAAUUGACUUUGAGCUGAAAAUGAUGGAAAUUUUGGGAAAUAAAUCACUUAGCUGAUUAAUUCAAGAAGUUUACUCGACCGUUUUACCCAUUCGCGAUGAUAAUGAAAUAUGUAGAAAAACAAGAAUUUCUAUGAAUCUUAUACCCCAAUCACACCAAAAAACCAUAUUUAGUUAAACUGGGUUUAACUGUAUGAAAAUCAUAAACAGAGAACUGAAAAAAGAAAACUUUUGAUAGGAUUCAAGUAAUCGCUAACUUGUAUUUUUAAUGCUAAAUUUGAAGUCGACAAACAUCCGUUUAAGCAGCCUCUGUGUAGAAAAAAAAUUGUAAACCGUAUCUAACAAAACAGCUCGAAAAAAUGUUUAAGCUUCGGUGUCAAUGGGGUACAGGACCAAAAUGGCGGAAUACAUUUUCAGUUGCGGUUUAAAGUACUUUGCAUGGAGGCUUGAUUUGAACUGUGUAAUACUUAGAUGAAAUAUUGCAAUAUUGAAAUAAAAUAAAGUACAGCACGUGCCCCUUUUGGUUCGUUCUUUCCUCCAAUAGUCUUAAUCAAGGAAUUUAUUUCCCAAAAAUGAUUUGUGUUUUAUAUUGUCUUUCUUGGGAAAUCAAUGGUUUGAAAAGCUAUAAAGUGCAUAAACUUAACUCUACAUUAAACGAUUUCGGAAUUUUAUAAUCCUAUAGCUGUAUGCAAAGCGCUCAUUUCAAAUUCCGGUUGGCCCUUAUUCGAAUCCUUAGCUAUGGCAGAACAGAGAAUAUGCGAACUACCGUCCUUUAUGCGUGACGAUCGCUAGCAAGGGUAAUCUUAGCUGGGGGCGAAAAAAUAAUGAAAAAAAAAGCACAUUAAUAAUUACUUUAGAAACAAAGAUUUGUUUUUCUUGUUCAUUCCAAAUUGUUACAAUAAUCUCUUUUCGUCUAUUGAGGGUAUUUUGUGCGAAGAAACCACUGACUGUUCAAGAGGUAACUGACUUAAAUAAAUAAAAGGCAUUCAUGGUUUCACGAGGGAUACUGCCAUGUGUAUCUAUCACUGAUAAUUAAAAAGUGUGCAGAAAAAAAUCAUUUUUGUUUGCUUGCAAACGCCGCAUAGUAAAUACUUAUCCAGGUGCAGCGGCAAGUGAAUCUGAAACAAAUCAGUGUGGGAAGCAAAACCGUGUCAAAGCAAUAUGAAUUCCUGUCACGUUCUUUAAACAAGAUGAGCGAGCGGAAAAUACACCUCUAGCUGCACAAUAUUCUCAUUAAUUUUCCCUCCUUGCGGCAACAAAGGAAGACUUACAUCGCGAACUGAUUGUGAUAAGUUUAUCAAAGAGAUAUUCGCGCAAGCUUUGUACUUCCGCUAUCAGGUAUGGAAAAUUCAACAACAGCGCCGGCCCAAAACAUGGAGCACAAUUUUCACAUCUGCGAUUUUUACCACGUCACAGAUGUUUUAGACAUUUUUGGACUUAUAACCGCGAGUUUAAACUGGGCAUUCUGUUUAACUGCAAUUUUUGGAAACGCUUUGGUUUUACUCUCUAUUAAACGAGCACCUUCGAUGGGUCGGCCAUCUAAGAUACUUCUGUGCAGCUUAGCAUUGUCGGAUUUUUUUGUGGGAUUCAUUGUUCAACCUUCUUUUGCACUGCACAAGUUACUUCAGAACGAACUUGCUGCAUGUGUCGUCGGCUUUAUCUACGAUUUCUCUUCCGGGCAUCUCUCUCUUGUUUCGCUACUGACCAUGGUGUUCAUAAGCCUAGAUAAAUUUCUGGCGUUGUAUUUAAAACUACGAUACCGUAGGGUAGUCACAUUCAAACGAGUGCUCAUUGUGGUGAUAAUAAUAUGGACGAUAUCUUUUCCGUGGUCAGCAGCGUUUCUUCUCCACUCAAAAGUUUAUUUUCUGUUGGUGAUGAUUAUCAUCCCUUUAAGCUUUCUGGCAACAUUAGUUGUUUUUAUUCAAAUUUACACUGUUCUUCACAGGCAACAAAACUGGUGCAUGACCUAUUCGCGCAAGGAUUCAAUGAACAUUUUCUCUUACAGAAAAUCUGUAACGAAUAUGUUAUACAUUUACUGUGCUCUUUUGUUUGCUUAUUUUCCGGUAUGGAUCGCACUUUUAAUAAGGAUUAUUUACGGCCACACUACUAAAAUACUGCAAAACGCUACAGAAUUAGGAUUACUCAUGGUGUUAAUCAAUUCAACGGUAAACCCACUGCUAUGUUUUUGGCGCAUUAGAAAAAUUCGUUUGGUCGCUAAAACCUUAUUGGAAGGAACGUUUCGAAAGCGAAUUGCAGUUGAAGAUGUCGCAGCCACAAACAAUGCGUACGACUCCGUAGAUUUCCAGAGAAGAAUUCGGGAAACAGGCGUUGGUCUGGAAAAU